AGUAGACAGACGGACCGUUUUGUGCUGCACCCGCCUGCCCACACGUUUACCGUGUUUCCGUUCGACAGUAACUGUACGCGGGUACACGGGGUCAUUAUUUUUCCCCAGUAAAAAUCCAUUCGGCGUAUUAACUCCCGUCGUCGAAUCGCCGCCGGUGCCGGACGCGCCGCUCGAAUCCGCAGUCAGCCGCCUCUACUGAUGUACCGUCGAUAAUACUUUACAAAAUAAUUGCCAUAUUUGUUUAAUGAUAUCAUAGGUAUUAUUAUUAUUAUCAUCGUCGUUACCGUUAAUAAUAUUGCACGGAUCAACAGGACCGCAGCUGUGACAUUGCUGCGAGGCAGGUACGCGCAUCGGAACGCAAAAAUAAUAAUAAUGUAUAGACGAUAAUGUUAUCGGGUGUGUACAGAGCGAUUAUCGUAUUGCCCGCGAACCGAGAGCAGAAACAUAAUAACAAUGUUAUUAUUAUUUAGGUUCAUAGCUACGAUUAUAAAUCACAAUGUAUACCUCCUAUACACGUAUAUUCAUAUCAAUGUCUUGUUUUUUUCCCGGCUACCUACGUCGUGUUAUAGACGACAAUAUAUUAUAGAGCAAUAAAAUUGCUUAAAAAAAAAUAAGUGGCACGAAAUCUUUGGAUUUCUUUGUACCUAGCUAAUUGAUAUUGUCGUAAGCCGGCCACGUCCGUCCGCAGUGUCGUUGCUCGAUUUUGAGAAGUUCCGCGGAAAAAAGGGAAAAAUUCGGUACUUAAUAAUAUGCCUGCAUUCUGUGUAUUUUAUUAUAAAUUUCACAUAUUUGAGUAUGUUUUUUGUACACAAAUCCGACGAUGUCGUCGAAUAUAAUAUUUUAUUUCGAUGCGGCCCGUACACUACAGCUGUUCCGAGUUUAUUAUUAAGGUAAUUACAUUAACUAUUUGAUCAGUUUUCCUAGUGUUUUUAACAUUUUGCGGUUGAAACCAUUAGCGGAUCUGAAGGUCAUUUGAAGGUGCGAAGGGGGCGAAUAGGUAUUAAGACCUCAUUUUGGGGCCGGGGAGGGGGGGGAGUAUUUAAUUUACUAAGUACAAUCAUAUUUUUUUGCGUUCAAACAUGAUUCAAUUAGGUAACAAUUUUAAAAAAACCGCCACAUCAUAAUCCUCCUUUUCCCCACUCCACGAAUUCGCUACUAAGUGGAACGACUCUAUUACAAUUUAUGGGCAGAGUUGAAUCCAGGUGCAUGUCAGGAGGGCGGGAAUUUUGUUUGCCCUCCCUGUUAAAUAUAGGUAAAUUAAUAAUUAAUUAAAUAAUUAAACAAAUUCGACUGGUCUUGGUAAAAGUGUAGACAGCAAAAAAAAAAAAAUAAUAAUAAUAACUAGAAUUUUAGUAAUGCCCCCCGUCCCCAGAAAAAUCGUCUGGAUUCAACACUGUUUAUGGGACCUUGGAUUUUUAAACAAACGCCUAAAAUAUAAUCUACUCAUCGAAAAAUAAUCGUAUAUAGCUACACAGGUAACGUAAUAAGAAUAACACAUUGUGUUUGAAAAAUCCCGAAAAACGUAUAUUUGAUAAUUUAUACGAGUACUUUUUGCAUUCUAUAAAAAAAAAAAAAAAAAAAUCCCUCUCUGUAUAUUAUAUUAUAUAUACCUAAUAAAAAAUAUUGUUCUAUUUCUUCUACAUAAAAAAAAAAAACUAGUUUACGUGUCUUGUUCAAUGUCGUGUUAUCGAAUAUCGAAUAAUUGGAUCAAUCGGAAUAAACAAAUACGGAAUAACAUAGAACGGUCGCCGCCGAACGCAAUCGAGUGAAACACCGUCAACCAACGGGAGAUGGCGCCAUUCGUCGUCGUUUACCUUAUCGUCGCGGUCCGUCUCGCCACAAUAUUAUUAUUAUUAUGUACUUUAUUGUAAGUAGUGUGAGUGUGUAUGCCGGUUCUUUAUAAAUACGGACGUACACAUCACACAGACACACAUGUGAUACGGUACUAUGGCUGUCCUAACAAACAUUAGAGAAAAAAAAAAAUUAUCAUCGCUGCGUUAUCAUUAACGUCGGAAAAAUAAUAUAAGUAAAUUGAUUCACUACCUGUAACCCAUUACCUGGGUCGUCUCAAGUCGAUUAUUGUUUAUAAUUAUUGUUAUUAUUUUUUCGUUUUCCAUCCGUUCAAUACCCACCUAAAUCAUAUUGCAAUAACCCGAUUUAAGUCAUCCGCUAGCGUUGUAAUUGAAUUAAUAUUUUAAUCGUUUUUUAUUGUUAUUGUUAUUAUUGAGCAGCUCAAAUCGGUAAUUUAAGCAGCGGUCGUUGUACUUACACUAACUGUACGCGCCGUACAGUACGUGCGACUGUAGAGAUCUGACACGGAAAAUCACCAUGAGGAUCAUUACGUACAGGCUUGCUAAAAACAUCGAGAAGAUGGUCGAUUUUUAUUCGCAGUUCAAUCCAUCGUCGUUGUCCAUCAAACAGUUUAUUGAUUUCGGUGAGUUUUUUUUUUUUUUUAAAUCCAGACAGUGGUAAUAGUUAUCCGUCCACCUACCUGUGUCGACCGGAUGAGUUCUAUACGUGAAUUAUGGAUAUUUUCCGUCUAAACAGAUUGAUUUUUUUCGAUAAUACGUAUUUUAAGAAUAUUGAACUAGGUACAUUACAUUUGCCAUCAUAUUAAGAUAACAGUAUCAUUAAAGAUUAUGUAGUUCAUCUAAAGGUCAGUUUAUCAAUUAAACCUAGCUACUUGUUUUCUGUAAUAUUAAUGCCUUUUCAUGUGAUUAAUCACUGAUUAAUUCAUAAAUCUAGGUUUAUAUUUUAUUUAUUUUAUGCUUAUAUGCACUUACUUAAAUACCUAAUACCUAAUGCCAUUAUUUUAUUAAACUAGUUUUUUUAAUUUCCAAGGAUUGUUUUAUUAUUAUUGUUAUUAGUAGAAGUGUAUUACAUAGUAGUUAUGUACAAUGUAUACUGCUAAUCUAGGAAAUACAAUUAUACUUACUUGAAGGUCAAUAAUUGACCUAGAAAGUAAAAUAUAUAUUACUAUCACUAUUUUUUUACCUAAUAACUAAGGAUCUAUUUUUAUCUUGUGCUUACCUAUUGCAUACCAUUUAAUAAAUUUAUAAGAACGGUUUCAAAACAAAUUUUGUUUUAUUACCUUGUACUUUACAAAUUUAUAGUCUAUCAGCACCUAUACAUAUGAGGCUUAACAUCAAAAGAAGUGAGCAAACAAAAAAUAAUUAGGUGAAUAAAUUGAGAAAACAAUUGAUGAUUGGAGCAAGAUUUAGAAAUGGUUUUACAGGCAGAUAAAAGCUACUCUCAGUAAAAAUAAUACACUGCAUAUUUUUCUCAGAAUCUAAAAACUAAUCAAGUACCUUUUGAGAACUAAAGAAAUAUAAAACAAAAAUAUACAAAAAAGUAUUGUGUAACCUACCUACGAUAAAUUAAUUUGUAUUAUUUAUUACAUAUUAAGGUCAUUAAAUUGAUAUUUUACUAUUUUUUGGUAUCUAAAUCUUAUUUGAAAUUAAGCUGAAGCAAUGUGACUAUUGUAAGUGAGAAGUUGGGAAGAUAAAAUAUGAAGGGGAAUUUAAUAUAUAUCUGUAUGCAAUGAUAAAUCUUUCUUAUCGAAAAAAAUGAUUCUGAGUGGAGUUCGGUUAUAUUUGUUUUAAAAGGUCAUAAAAUUUACAAUUUUCAUCAAAAUUUAAUAUUAACAUUCUUACAAAAAAACAAUUCUAAAUUACACUCAAUUUUUUUCUUACAAUUGAGUACAAUUUAUAAUGAAUCCCUGUCAAAUCAUUCUAAAACCAAUGCAUUCUUCGAUCCAUUCAGAAUCUAAAAAAUGGUAGGAAAAAUGUAUGGCAACAUAACAAUUUAUACUCCAAUUAUAUCAAUACUUAUAGAAGUUAUAAGAAGUGAAUAAUACUAAUAAUUAGGUAGAACAAUUAGGAAGAAGUAUAAUAACAAGAACAAACUAAUUAUUGAGAAGAAUGGAAAUUUGAAAUAAUCUGAAUGGAUGCCAGGGGCAGAAUAAACUAAAGUCAAGGAUAAAUUUUGAGGAAAUGGAGGGGUAUAAAAAUCAAUGAUUAUUGUAAUUAAAGUUCAGAGGAGGGAGGGUGAAAUAAGUUUAAAUUUUUAAAUUUUCUCUUCGUAAAAAACAAAAUUUUACAAAUUACUAAAAAGUCAUACUAUUAAAAAGAUAAUAUCAAUUAAAUAAAUAAAUUAAUAACAUAUUUAAUAUAUAUCACAUUAAAUUUAAUAAAUAAAUAAAUAAUAAUAUCAGUGCUAUUAAAAACUGCAAACAAAAAUAUUUUUAUCAAUUUUCCUCUCAGUUUACCUUAGGUAAAAAUAAAAUAAAAAUUAUAAAAUCCAUAACCCUAAAGGAGGGGAUGUGUGAUACAUAAUUCGCACCGUCUCCAUAAAUUAUUUGAUUAGAUUAUAAUACAUUUUUAUGCAAUUAAAUAUUUAGUACAAACAAUUGCAUUAUAAGAAAUAACUUAGUUGUUUUUAUAUUAAACAGGUAUUUCAAAGUCAUAUAUUGGAUACAUUUUAUUAGGUUACAUGAUAAAAUAUUUUAAUUUUGUGGAUACAUGCAAGUAUAACUGGCAAUAAUAAUAUUAUUAUAUUCAAUAACAUAGGUAAUAAUAAUUUAACAAAUAACCAAAACUCAAUAGGUAAUAUGAGUAUAUAGAAAUACAGCAUGUAAUAAUUCAGUGAUUAAAUUAUGUUUAACGAUUAUGGAAUAAAGACAUAAAAUAUUAUAGAAAUAGCCAUGUGUGGGCAUUGAACAUGUUAACCUACUAUCUAUCUGUGCAAUUUGAAAAGGUGUAUUAGAAUUAUUAAUCGGAUUAUUAGCAAUUCAAGUAGGUAAUGUAUGAUUAAAUAUGUUGAAAUAUUUGGUUCACAAAAAAUUUUUUACUAUACCUAACUAAUUAUUUAUCAUAGUAUUUUUGUUAUUAUUUAUUUAGUUUUUAAAUUGUUACGUAAAAAUCAUUAAAACAUACAAAACUUACAAAGUAAAAUUGUUAGAUAAUUAUCUAAGUAAAAUAAUGUACAAUUAUUUUAUAUAGUAAAUACAUAUAAAUAUUUCCUAAUAAUUUAUUGCCUGAAUUAAAUUUUAACCAAAUUUAAAAUUAUUUUAUAAGUCACUUAUAACAAAUGAUUGUACUAGGUUAGGUAUGAAAGUUAUAAGCAAGAAAUAAGAAUAAUUUAAAUAGUAAUAUUAUGUAAAAAAUGAUGUAUAUUUAUAGAGAUAAUAAUAUUUUAAUUUCCACAAAACAUUUUUAUACUGCAUUAAUCUUUUCAACUAAAAAAAAUAAUAAAUUCUAUAUUGGCUAUACUAUAUUCAGAUCAUUGAAAUAUCAAAUGGAUAUUUCAUUUCUGUCUAAACUAAAUAUGUAAUACCUAUUUGUAUAUUACUUGAUAUUAUUUUUAAUAAUUACAAAAAUAAACUAAUAGUGAAAUGUAUUUUCUCAUUGUAGGAUUAAAAGCGAAUGAACAAAAAUCGUAUCAAUUUUUAAAAAAAGAACUACCAGUGAGGUUGGCAAAUAUUAUGAAAGAAAUUCAUUUGCUACCAGAUAAUCUGCUGAAAAUGCCAUCUGUAAAUUUAGUAAACAACUGGUAUAGCCAAUCAUUCAAUGAAAUGAUUGAAUUUGAAAUUGAUGAUGGAUGUACCGAAAAGACUUUGAAUAAGUAAGUUGAAAUCAAAUGUAGGUAAUCUUGUAGGCAUAAAAUGAUUUUAUCUUCUUAAAAUAUAAAUUCAUUUUCUCAUUUACUAUGUGUGUAAACAUUAUUGUACAAAUUAAAUUAAAUUCUUAUACAAAAUAUGGAAUGGGGCAUUAAGGGGACUUGCCCUCUUAUAGUACUAUGACUCUUUUUUAAAAUAUUUAAUUUUUUUUUACAAAAUCCUAGGUUUGGAGCAGACUUUUGUUAGUUGCAGUUAUUUGAGAUAAGAUACAAGGGAAUGGGGUAAAGUAUCAUUACAUGUUUACUCGAUAAUAGUGUCUUGUAACAUUUCUAGAGGUUAGUUUUUAAUUCCUGUAAGACACUUUAGGAUUUGGGAUUGGUAGUAAAGAAAAUAGUUGAGUUUAAAGACAAUUAUGACCAAAAUGAAAUAUUUCUCAUUUGAAAAAAAAAACAUUUUAUUUUUUAUAUUAACAGACUUAGGACAGGUAGGUAGGCAUACACAUUAAGUAGAUAAACCAUCAUUAGCUUUCAUUCUAGAAGUAAAAGUAAUAAAAUGUUGUAGUACAUUGUUAAAAGUUAUUACACAGAUAAUAAAGACCUACUAGUGUUACUGUUAGAUUAUUUUGAAAGUACAUGGGUAGACAAAUUUGAUAGGAAAAAUAAAACAACUAAAAUAUGCUAUCUAAGUAUGGAAUUGUUUUUUGAGGACGAUCUAAGAUUUUGCUACCACAAAUUAUGGUAUAGAAGGAUGCUUCACAUCACUUAUAAAUGGUAUACAUCUUUCAAUAUGGAGUUUUAUGCAUCUAUUAAAAAAAGAAGAGCACAUUAACAGGUUCAAAAUAAAAUAGAUAAAAUAAAAAAAAUGAUGUGUCAAUUAUAAUAAUAACACAAAUACUGGAGAUUUUCUAAAUGUCAUUGCAUACAAUUUUCAAUUGCAAGUUCAACUUAUUUUAUUAUUGUAUACCUACUUCAAUUUAUUUUUAAGCAUUUUUAAUUUAACACUAAAAUUUUUUAACCAUACCUGUAACUUAGUUGAUAAAUUACUGACAGUUCUAAGUCUGUUAAAAUGGGAAAGGAAACUUUUGUUUUUUCUUACAUACAUGAUACAUUGCAUUUGUGAUCAUUUGUGUUAGUUGACAUGUAUCCAUUAUAUAUAGCAUAGUAAUAUUAUAAAUAUUUAGUUUUUUAUUUAAAAAUGUCAUAUGGGAGACAAUAAUUAAAGAAGUGUGUUGUGAAAUUGAAUUAUUGUCGUAAUAAGCAACUUGUUUUUCUAACCGGGGAAAAAUAUUUGUUGAGUGGUAAAAUAUCUAGAAAUGUUAAAGAUUUUUAGUUGGUAAUAGGUGGUAUUUAUUACUUGAUAAAUUAUUAUUAAAGAUAAUUGACAAUUAAAAUGUAAUAACUCCUAUAUAUAAAAAGGUUGACAAAUCAAACAUAGAAAAUUACCUCUCCAUUUCUCAAAUUUCCAAUGUUGCUAAAUCUUUCAAAAAAAUAAUAAAAUAUGAAUUAGUACACUACCAGAAAAUUUUAAAUUAUUACCAAGUGCACAAUUUGAUUUAAGGGUUGUUAAAAAUACAGAGUAAGCAAUUGCAACAGUAUCUACCUAUAUUUAUAAUGCAUUUGAAUGUAAAAAAAAAAAAUUGGUAAAAAUAAAUUUGGUAUCUAAGGCCCAGCCUUUGCCUUAUUAUGCUUGUUUUAAAAAAAUAAAAAUCAAAGAGUUUGAAUAAUUAAUUUCUUAAGUCUAGAAACAUAAUCAAUAUGUGGAGUACCUCAAGGUACUAAUCUAUUUCUCACCCUAUUUAAUAUUCAAAUUAACCAAAUAAAGGAUUUAAAAAUACAUGGUAAACAAGACUGUUAUGCUCUGUUCUUUUUGUCAAUGGUAACUCUUAGGAUGAGAUAUUUUCAUUCAUACAAGAUGGCCUGAGAAAAAUCAAUAACUAGUUAUGUGCAAAUAACCUAUUCUUAAAUUUAGAUAAGACUUAAUUAUUACCACACUAAAUAACUAAUUCAAACUAAUCAGAUAUAAUUAGCCUCAAACUCGAAUGUUCAAAUCCAAAAUCUUGUACAUGUCAAACUUCAUUAAAAAUAGUAAAAUCUUGUAAAUACUUAGGCAUUGAAAUGUGCUAUAACCUCAAAUGACAUGACCACAUUAAAUAGACAAUCAAACUAAGAAAAAUAAUCUAUGCUUUUAAAAAUGUAGCUAACUUACUUGAAAUUAAGAAAAUUAGAAUUGUAUACCAUCUCUAGUAGAAUCCAUAAUUAACUAUGGUAUUACUAUUUGGGAAGGUGUCUCAACACUAAAUCUAUUAAAAUAAUACAAAAUAGAAAAAUAAAAAUUAUUUUAAAAAUGAAUCAUUUAUAUCACUUAGAAUAUCUAUACAAAGAAUUAAAUGUUCUACCAUUAUUAGAAAAAUUAUUCUAUAAGGCAACAGUAAUUUAUAUAAUUAAAAAUAAAUACCUAGUAUAUUUUUAAUCUAGUUGCUUGCAUUUGUAUUUGAUCAANAAAUAAAAAUUAUUUUAAAAAAGAAUCAUUUAUAUCACUUAGAAUAUCUAUACAAUGAACUAAAUGUUCUACCAUUAUUAGAAAAAUUAUUCUAUAAGGCAACAGUAAUUUAUAUAAUUAAAAAUAAACACCUAGUAUUGAUCAUGGUUGUAACACAAGACAAUUAUCAAACAUUAAGUCUCCAUGUAUUAAUUUUUGUUACCUACAUCGUAUAUGUUUAAGUUGACUUCAUAAAUUUAAAAUUGUAAAAAAAAUAUAGUUAAAUUCAAAUUAACUCCGUAUGAGUGGUAACUCAUACACAGAUAAUAUGUCUUUUAUAUCACAUAGAUAAUAUUUAAUGAUAACAUUCAGUUAUCUUGAAAUUAAAUGACCUCAUUUACAGUAAAUAAUAGUACAAUAGAAUAUAACAUAAAAAGUAGUAAUAUAACUUAAUUAAAUAGUAAUAUAUGACAUUAAAAAAAAAAAAUAACAUCAAAAAAAUAAAAAUGUUCAUAUAAAGAAAACGUUUAGAAUAAUAAGCAUAAAUCGUAAAUUAUUAACAUACAAAUGUAAUGAGAAGUUUGUAGAUCAAUUGAGAUCAUAAUCCACCAAAUACUGUGGCUUUCAAAAAACCCCUCUAGUCUUUGGGUUCCUCAGUGGACUGCACAGAAGGUAGACAAAUUGUGGUUUCAUUUUUCAUUGAAUUCUAAAGCUGAUCCAUGUGAUUUCUUUCUUCAUCGUCUUGGUCCAACUCUGAUGAGUUUUUUUGUCAACUUAUUUGAUCCCUUUCUUUCUCAUUGAUUGGUAGAUGGUAUGAUUUUAAAACUGACAAUAUUGGUUUGUUGGCUGUACAAUACUGGUAGCCACUAUGUAGUAAUAACUUUUGAAGUCUGUAUGUAUCUCCAGCUAACACUUGAGUGAUAACUACAACCAAAGUACAGGAGUACUUUAGUUGUAGUUUAGUUGGUAGACCGAUAUUUGUAGAUGCUCUCUUCAGAAAAAUUAUUUCUCCUACAGAAUAGCUGAUAUCAGUAUGCAUCGAAUUAUACCUUUUUAUUCACAUUUAAUGUUCCAUAGUUAUAUAAUUACGGUUCCUGAUUUUAGCUUGUAAAGACACUAUUUGUCCAUGUUUGAUCAUUAUUAAGUAUAAUUUUCUAUUAAGAAGAAAACAAUUCAUUAAAUAAAAGGAAUAAAUUCAAUAUAUAUCAAACAUUAAACUUUCAAUAAAAUUAAAAAUAAUACAAUGUGAAUCUGUUACUGUAUAUAUAUGUAUAUAUAUAUAUCUCUUCCCUGGUGAAAUCGGGUGCAGCUUUUCUAAGUUUUUCCCACAUAGAACCUUGUACAGCAAACAUUCUGGACGACAAGUAAUAGUGAUACUGUAUAUAAUGCUGAAUCCUUGAGAAGUAGUAACUCUUCUGGAUUUUUGUCACUGUCCUAUCCACUGUUUCAUGUCCCACUAAAUCACGGUUCUUAACAACAAUGUUUUUACGCAUUCAGUCAGGUAUUACUCAACACAUCUUUUCCACUUCAUCACUAUUUUUAAAAACUCUGUAUGACAUGUUAUUUUCAGUUCAAAUGGUUUAAUUACAUUAGUUCGUUCUACAGUUCUUUGCUCUGGCAAAAAUUGGAAUAUAUUAAUCAAAUUAACUAAUUUGGAAUCGUUAUAUUGCAUAGAAAUUACCUCUUCUUCCAGUGACCUAACCAUUAGCAUAUCCAACUGCUUCUCGAUCACCUGAUGCAUUGUGUCCUCCUCAUUGCUAACUAAUGCUCGACUGGUAGCAUCCACGCGAGCCAUAUUUAAUAUUUACUAAAAGGUGACGCUCCACACUAUAGCCAUCAACUCUAGUUUUGUGGAGUGAUACAUUGACUCCGCAGUAGUUGUCUUCUUUGACAUAGCAUAAGCAUAGUAUUGCAACGGUUGUUUCAUUUGACUUCAAUUGAUCCUUGUCCGCUACCACACUCAGUGACUUUGGUUGUAUGAAAACUUCAUCAUCAAAUUUGAAUACAUUAUUAUACCCGAAUAUAACCUCAUUUUUGUGUCCCCUGUCACAUUAUCAAUUUCCAAAGUUACUGAAGUAAUACUUAUAUACUACAUUCAUUGGAUUAUUACCAUACAAAGUGAGCUACUUAGUAGCAGAAGACACAUUCAGGUUUAGUUGUUUAGCUAUGCUUGAUUUUAUUAAAAACAGACGUCACAUCCAGUGUCUACCAAUUUCUGGACCAAUUGUUUGUUGUCAUUAAUUUUAAUCAUUUUAAGGUAACUAGACUUACUGGGUUCCGCAUUGACAAAACUCACUACUGUUGGAUUUUUUGAUUUACAAUAUUUCUUUGUGUGACCCUUCUGAAGACAUUGGAUGCACUUAAGAGGCCUACGAGGAGCAGUACAAUUUCUACUAAUGUGCCUGGUUAGUUGACAAUUAAAACAUCUUACUUCACGGUUCCCAUCCUUCACAUUUCUCUUGAAAUCUCUAGAAUCAGAUGCUUGUAUAGCAUUAGAUGUAGUAGAUUAACCUUCAGUAUUGAACAUUUUUCUGGGUUUACCAUUGAUACUAAUAUGUCUAAAAUGUACCUGGCGAUCCUCUUAUAUUCCUUCAAGGCGACAGAUUUCUGUCAACAACUUUUCUUCUGUAAUGUGUGCACUUCUUAUAAAUGACAUACACAAUGAUUGUGAUCGUAAUCCAACAUAAAUUUGUUCUUUGGUCUCCGUGUCAUCCAACUUCAGCUGACAGCAUAGUCUAUUCUUUUCAUGAAAAUACGAAUAGGCUGUUUCGUUAAUAGCUUGUAUCCGCUCUUGUAAUUUCUUCCAAAUUUCUAAAGUAGACAUUGAACGUAUAAAUAUACGUGUAUAUCCAUGUAGACAAUUCAUCCAUGUAUCCUAAAUAUCAUUAUUUUACCAUUAUUUUUAUUGGACCAGAUUAAUGUGGCCAAUUACUAAUUGAAUUAUAACAAAUAACAAAAUUGAAAAAUAAUAAAUGUUAUUUUUGUAAAUUUUCCUCUUUUCUUAAGUUUUAUUAUGGUUUUUUCCAAGAUAUUAUGAAAACCGGUUGGAAAAUUAAAAUACGAUCUUCCAAAAGUACCAUCUGGACAAUAUUUCUUUUCAAAAAUGGUGCAAUUCAACGCCUACAUAUCGGAGCAAGAUUUUUGGUAGAAUUUUUGUACACAGUAUAAAAAAAUAAAAAUAUAUAAAUAAACAUCUUAGUAAAACUAAUACAUUCUUGGUUACACUAAGAAUUUAAAAAACAAAAAAAUAUUGAAUAGAGCCAAUAUUAUUGUACAUUUGGCAGAUCUUGGAACACUAUAUCACAAAACAAAAUAAUAUUUUAGUGAUAUUUUUAUCAAUAAUACAAUUCUACAGUUAACAAUAUAUUGAAUCAAUUUUUUUUUCUUGUUAUUUCAGAUUUUGCAAAACAUUGGUCAAAAUUCGUAACCGGCAUUCAGAUGUUGUUCAAACAAUGGCUCAGGGAGUAUUAGAGUUAAAAGACUCUCAUGAUAUUGAUUUACACACUGAAAAUAGUAUUCAAUAUUUUCUUGACCGCUUUUAUAUGUCUCGAAUAGGUAUUCGUAUGCUUAUAAAUCAACAUAGUAAGUAUAGUGAAUUUAAAAUGUGCUUUAAACUAAUGAUAAUAAUAUUUAUUCUUGUAGCAUUGUUAUUUGGUGAUCACAUCAUCAACAAUAAUCAUCAUCAACAUAUUGGAUGCAUUGACCCUUACUGUGAUGUGUUAAGUGUUGUGAAAGAUGCAUAUGAGAAUGCUAGAUUUUUGUGUGACCAAUAUUACUUGGCCUCACCCGAAUUAGAAGUCUGUAAAAGUAUUGGUUAGUGUGUACUAAUAUAAUUAUAAUAUAUUAAAAACUAAUAAUAUAAUAAUAAUAUAUUAAUAACUAAUAAUAUAAUAUUAUUAUAUAAUAACUAAUAAUACUAAUUAUUAUACAACAUCAGUGAUCAUCGAUAUUAUAAUUUUAUAGAUGCAGAUGAUGAGCCAAUAAAAAUUGUUUAUGUGCCAUCGCACUUAUACCAUAUGCUAUUUGAAUUAUUCAAAAAUUCAAUGAGAGCAAUUGUUGAGCACCAUAAGACUGAUAUACUGCCACCUCUCCUUGUAACCAUUGUAAAAGGAAAAGAAGACGUCUGUGUUAAAGUAAGUUUUUAAAUUAAGUGCCUAAGUUAAAGAUGCUGCCAAUGGAUUGCUGUCUGGAUCUUAUAUUUCUUCUGAAAACUUUUUUAUCACAUUGUUUAUUAUAAUAUUUUAAUUAUAGAUUAUAAAUAUGUUGUUUUAAUAAACAAAUAAAAAAUGUCUUAGUUUUUUGUUUCAUAAAAACCAAGAACUGCUAUUUUAAAAUUUUUAAAUAUCAAUGUAUUAUGAUAUAAAUAUUAAUUAUUUAUAGACUCCAACAUGUUCAUAAUUAAUUAUCAUUUAGUAAUAUUUUAAUUUUGAUACAACUUAUAACUUUUACAGAAAUGAAGUUAUGUUUUAAUUUUUAUAAAUUAAAAGUUAUCAAUGAAGCCCUCAAAACUUGAACUUUGUUAGCAAUGAUUAAUGUUGUGUAUAUUAAAUUUCCCUUUUACUUUCCCAACUUUUCACCUACGACAGUGGUCUACACAUCAUGUGGAGUAUGUCUGUAUUUUUUUUUUCAUUGCCGUAAUACAUAGCAUGUAUCCAUAGAAAUGAAAAACAAGAAACAAUGCUAAUAGUACUUCUAAAUAAAGUGAAUAGAUAAAUUAUUAUUUUACACUAUUACUAUUACCCUCCAGCACAGGAACGAAAUAAUGACUAACUAUGUUUUUUUUUACUGUUACCAAGGUAACAAUUAAAUCAACAAAAAUAAUUAGAUUUGUAUAUUAAAAAUACCUGAAAGCUAUAAUAGUUAAAUGAAUAAUAGUUUUAGACUAUUUCUGGAUAACGUAGAACUUCCCAAUUUUUCAUAGCAAAUAAAAAGUGUUGUAAUGCAUAAAAGAUAAACACACUUCUAUUCAUUUAUAUAUAGAAAGAUUGUGUCAAUUGGGUUAUUUUUUAAUAUUAUUUGGUUACUUAAUUUUAUUUGUUUUUUUAUUUUUUAAGGGAAACAUUAUUAUCAUUAAAAACAAUUUUAGGUUACUUGUAUGUAUCAAAAAAAAAAAAUAAUAAUAAUAAAACCGUUCACUUUAAAAAAAAAAAUGUAUUAAUUGGAGUCUAUUAUAAAUUGUUUUAUUUAAUUAAAUAUAUCUUAAAUUAAUGGUUAUUAAUUCAUUUGAACUAUUUUCUUGGUAAAUUAGACACUAGACUCAAAAUUAAAAUCACAAUUUAUAAAACUAAAAUGGUUCAAUAAUAAAAAUCUUUAAGUUAAGACAUUUUAAGAUUUCUUGAGGUACUAAACAUUCAAACAAUAAUUUGAUGCCAUAGUUUUUCUUAAACAAUAUGAUAUUAAUAUUGUAUGGGUUAUAGGUAUCCGACCAAGGUGGUGGUAUUCCAAGGAGUUUAAGUGAAAGGAUGUUUCAUUAUAUGUAUUCCACUGCACCACAACCAUCAAAAUCAGAUGCUCAUACAGUACCAUUAGCAGGCAAGUAAACAAAAGUAAAACAAAAACUAAAUUGAUUUUCAUAUCAUUUGUUUAAAUUUUAGGGUAUGGUUAUGGACUGCCUAUUUCUAGACUUUAUGCACGGUAUUUACAUGGUGAUUUAGUUUUGCUUUCCUGUGAUGGUUUUGGUACAGACUCUGUUAUUUAUUUGAAAGUAAGAAAUAAUUUAUUAUGUAGAUUAACAAAAAUAUGUUAAACUCCUAUGAGUUCUUUAAUGCUAAUUUGUAUCUGUUACAUUUACAAUUUAAGUAGAGAUUAGGGCUUUCUUAAUAUUAUUUUUUGUUGCAUCGACACCAUUUGUCAACUUAAUUUAUUUUAACUCAUGCUAUUAAACCACUUAAUUGUGGUUCAACUGUGGCAAACAAAUGUAUUAUUCCUUAAAUAUGUUAUCAAUAUUUCAAUUACUGUUAACAGUUUACAAUUUACAAACUACAAUAUUUAUAGUUAGGAUAAUAAGAAAAAAUAACUAAUUAUUGGUUUUAGUUUUUCUUAAUUACUAGUUGAUGAUUACCUUGCCAAAGAAAUAAUAAAGAUGAUUUAGGGUUUAUGGAAUAUGGUUUAACUUUACCUAGACAAGUAUACCUUGACUUUUCAUCACUUCAGUUCACAGUUGUUAAAAAUUAUGAAAAUCAAUAGUUUUUCACUUCAAAACUAACUGUUUGAAGUUAGGGAAAAAACACUGAAAAUUAUUUUAAAUGUUCCUUAUCUAUGUAUUUUUAAAAGUAUUGUGUAGAUUGUACUACAAAAGAUCAUUUUUUAAUUUUCCAAGCUAGUUUCAUAAUAUCUGAGAAAACCCCAAAUAAAAUGUAAUUAAAACAGAUUAUUUAUGAAAAUAUUGUCUUUUAUUAUUUUAAAUUUUGUUAUUUGUAAGAACUUGAAAUGUGUACAAAAAAAUAAUAUUUGCCUUUUCUAGACAUGGUAACAUUUUUAAAACAUUUGAGCUUUUGACAAAAAUUUAAAUUUUUUAUUGAAAUUCAGUUAAUAAUAUUUGUAUAGAUUUAUUGGACUUAAAAUUUGUACACAAAACUUAUAUUUGACUUUUCUAGAUGUGAUAAAAUUUUCAAAGAUUUGUAGCUAUUUUUUGAGCUAUUUAUAGAUACUAUUUUAAUUUUGUGAAUUUUUAUAUAAUUUUUAUUGGUAGGUACUCUGUGGUGAAAUUGUUGAAUAUUUAACAGGUGGUUCAUUAAAAACCUUACUUGUGGUAAAAAAAAAUUAGCUGAAUGUAGUAUUUUUUUUAUAAACAAAUUAUAAUAUCAAAAUUUGAUGAAAAUCUUUGGACUAAAAAAUUAUGUUGAACAAACCUAAUUUUUCAAUUUUCUUGGUUUUUUGGGUUGAAUACAUGUAUAAUUUAAGAAAUAAUUUAUAAUAAUUUAUAAUUUAGCUAAUUUAAGAACUAUGGUGAAGUCAGAAUUAAGCGGAUUGACUUGGUUUUGAAAUUGUAGCCGAAGUUUUAAUAUUAUAUGUGUUAUGUUAAAGUUUCAAUAAUAACAAUUUUAUAGUGUGUCUGUCAUAGUCUAGUGGUGGUACUUACUUGCUGUCAUUUUAGAGAUCGGGUUUGGCUACUUAUUUGAAAUUGUGGGGUUAUCCCCACCAUGAGUAUACCUACUCAUACAUGUUUAUAUUAUAUAUUAUAGAAUACCAAAAAUAAUAUUUCAUUUAAAUGUUUUAUCUAUUGAAUUUUGAAUUAUUAUUGGAGAAACAUAUCUCUAAAUAAAAAGUAUAUUUUUUUUCUUCAAUUUCUAAUUCUAUACAAUAAUAAAAUCCUAAAAUUAAAAAAUAUAAUAAUAUUUUUUGUAAUAUAUUCUUGUUUAGUCCUAUUAUAGUCCGUAAGAAAAAAAAAUUAAAAGUAUCUAACAAUUUUUAAAAUUUAAAAUUAUUUAGGUAAUUUUAAUAUAUUAUUGUUUAUAAUAUUGUAGUCUAUUUGAUGUAUAUAAUUUUUAAGAUAAUUUUAUCACUGUUAUUUUUUUUAGGCUUUAUCUAAUGAAGCUAAUGAGUUGUUACCAAUAUUCAAUAAAAUGUCCACCAGAUUUUAUAAAACAACUGAACAAAAUAUAGACUGGAAAAGUAGUCAACACCACUCACCAAUUAGUCAACAGCAAUUUACAUGAACACAAUAAGUAGAAAUUGACAAUUUGAUACUAUUUAGUCUUCAUUUAUAUAUAGAGAAUGAAUCAAUAAUGGAGUGUUUUAUCAUUUUAUUGAUUUUAGAUAUUAUUUUUAGACAUUAGUUUUUUUGUAGGCAGUAAAUAUUAAUGUUCUCAGACUUAAUUUCUUUAUUUUCUUAAUAUAUUGUUUUAUGUUUGUUUAUUUAGUGAUUACCAAAACUAAAUUUAGAUUGUUUUUCAUAGUUUUGGAAAAUUUGAGUUUAAUAUUUUGUACGAUUUUUAUAGCAAUUAUAAUGGUAUGAAUAGAUCAAUAUCUAACUUAUGGAUAAAUUAAAAUAUAAGGCCAACUUUACCAAAAUAAAUGAAGGCAUUAAUUUGAUUUUUAAAGUGAGUUUAUGGCUAACAGCCAACUGUGUUUGGAGGGUCAUCUUAUAAACUCUAAUUAAACAUCAAUUUUUAGUUAUUUAAAGUAAUACUUAUAAUGUUAAAUAAUAACAAAAUCAAUAUUUCAAUAAACUUUAAUAAUUUUUAUCCAAUAUUAAGUACAUGGCAUAAAUAAUAAAACAAAAAUAAAAAUAAUAACAUGUAUCCCACUUAAUUUAACACAUUAACUACACAAAACUUUUUAUGUUAUUGAAAUUAUAUAAUUUAUGAUUUGUAAAAAUAAGUAGAGUAUUUACUAUUUUUAUUUACACCAACAUGAUAUUAUUUAAACAAAUUUGAACUAUUUUAAUAUUUUUAUAUACCAAUAUCAAACCAAAAUAUUUGUUUUUUAACACUUUUUAUAUCUCAAGAUAAAUAAACUUGAAGCAGUUUAGUUUUAAAUGAAGAAAGUUUUUUCCACAUUUAGUAAUUUUUUUAAAAAAAACUUAAUUUGUGAUGUUUUUAUCAGUUAUUAGCCUAUUCAUAUUAUAGAUUAGGCUGUCAUUCAAUAUGUUGCAUACUGAUAAU